AUGUCUGGCGAAGUAAGAGUAUCAGAUCUUCUUUUAGAAAAUCCUCCUCGUGCUUUAUAUUCUAGGCUUGCAUCUGCUCCUUCUUUGAGUAAGAAAGCAUGGACUGACGCUUAUCAUCCAAUCUCUAAUCCAACGGUUCAUUUGGCAACUUUGAAUGGAGUUAAUGGCUUUUUGGCCUUGGACCAAUAUCAGGCAGACAGCAUAUAUAGUACCGAUGGCAGUGAUAUCGAUCGCCUUGACAAAUCAGCUUAUCGUUUGAAUUAUCUUGAUCGUGUAGAUAUUCAAACAGAAGGCGAUGUGGAGCGUGAUUUUUACCAAAACUUUGCUCUUCCGGUUUCUCUUGCUUGGCAGAAGGAAGGCCACUUUCUGCAGAGAUCAUUGUCAGGCCCUCCAGGACCCACAAAUUCAAACAAAACUGUGGAUCAUCUUUAUUCAUGGCAAGUAGGAGGAAGGGGCGGAAAUGAAAGAUGUCAGGUGAUAGGAGAGAUGAAGCAAUGGGGUGUUGUUAUUGUCGAUGAAUGGUAUGGAGUGAAAGAGAAGAAAGAUAUAACAACCCGACUGGGAAAAGAAAUCAGAGCGUAUGCAUCGGAAUACAAGUGCCCACAGGUGUUUGUGUAUGAUGGAAUACAUCUCUUGAUUGUUCAAUUCAAGGCCAAAGAUGCCAACCAGAUCAAAUCAGCGGAUUGUCCUGUUGAUUGUUGCAUCUUGGCACGAGCACCGGAGGAUGCGCAGCAAUGUGCAGCCCGAUAUGCACUGUACCGACUAGUAUGGCGGGGGUGGAUACGCAUGACAGGGGAGUGGUCGGUAGAAAUCCCUGUUUCACUUGACGGGUGGGAUCGAAAAUUUCGCUUUUGGUCUGGCCGACCAUAUUGGGAGCAAGGCCGUAUUAAGGAAAUGAUUCAUCCGAAUGGUUAUCAACGAAGAUUUGAUGGAGUGGCAUGGCAUUGGGUCGAUGCAAAUGAACAGGAUGUAAAAGAUGCUAAUGGAGUUAUUAUAUGGGACUCUCUUCAGUCAUGGCCAUGA